AUGACUCAGAAUCUGAACAAGUCAAAGACUGUAAUGAUUAAAUGGAUGCAGUAUUUGAAUAUAGCUAUAGAGAUGCAACAGAGGGUGAACAAUCUUACUUCUGUGUCUUCUUUCCUGCUUCUUGAAUUCUCAGAUGCCAGGGAACUUCAGAUUCUGUUCUUCUUCAUCUUUCUAGCCUUAUACAUGAUAACCCUAAUUGGGAAUCUUCUCAUCAUUGCUGCCAUAGCUCUUGAUUAUCACCUUCAUACCCCAAUGUACGUCUUCCUCAUGGACUUGGCCAUGAUGGACCUUGGCACUGUUUCUGUUACUAUCCCCAAAUCAAUGGCUAAUUUCCUCAUGAACAGCAGCUCCAUAUCUUAUUCUGAGUGGGUGGCUCAGGUUUUUUUCUACCUUUUCUUUGGCACCUGUGAUUUUGCCCUUCUAAUAGUAAUGGCUCAUGAUCGCCAUGUUGCCAUUUGCAAUCCACUCUGGUAUGAUAGAAUAAUGCACAAGGGAGCUUGUAUUUGGUUUGCAGCUGCAACGUGGAUUUGUAGUCUGCCUAAUGCCAUGAUGCAAACUGGUACCACCUUUGCAACCACCUUCUGUUCCAAUAAUAUCAAGCAGUUCUUCUGUGAAAUCCCACAGCUAUUGAAACUUUCUUGUUGUAACUGUUACCUUGCUGAAGUUUGGCUCCUUAUCAGUGUGGGCAUUAUUACAAUUGUAUCCUAUGUCUUCGUCAUUCUAACUUAUGUGAAGAUUUUUGCAGCAGUGCUCAGAAUCCCCUCUGUCUCUGGUCAGAAGAAAGCCCUCUCUACUUGCCUACCCCACCUUGCUGUUAUCUCUGUAUUUAUGUUCAGUGGAUUAUUUGUCUAUGGAAGGACUUACAUUGAGGAUUCAUGCAGCCCAAAUAUAAUUUUUGCAGUGAUAUAUACCAUAAUUCCUCCUAUGUUCAAUCCAUUCAUCUGUAGUAUGAGAAAUAAAGAGAUCAAGGUUGCUUUGAGGAAAUGGUUACAUCUUGGCUUUUUAUCUAGACUUCUCUAA